UCCCCUGCCCGCCCAGCUCUCACUUUUCUUCCUCCCCCUCCCCGCUCGGGCGCCUCUCGCACCGCACCCUCAUCAUUCCCGUUCCCCAGGGCCGGCUCUCCCAAUGGCCUCCUCCGGCGGCGUCCUCCUCUCCCUCCUCGCCGUCGUCCUCCUCUCCUCGGCUCCGCCCCUCGGCUCCGCCUCCGAGCCCCUCAACCCCGAAGUGCAGGCGCUGAUCGCCAUCCGGCAGGGGCUGCUCGACCCGCACGGCGUGCUCGGCAACUGGGACCAGGACUCCGUCGACCCCUGCAGCUGGGCCAUGAUCACCUGCUCCGCCCAGAACCUCGUCAUCGGCCUGGGAGCGCCGAGCCAGGGCCUGUCGGGGACGCUAUCCGGGAGGAUCGCCAACCUCACCCAUCUCGAGCAAGUGCUGCUGCAGAACAACAACAUCUCCGGCCGGCUGCCGCCGGAGCUGGGCGCGCUGCCGCGGCUGCAGACGCUGGACCUCUCCAACAACCGCUUCUCCGGCCGCGUGCCGGACACGCUCGGCCGCGCCUCCACCCUCCGGUACCUGAGGCUGAACAACAACAGCUUGUCCGGGCCGUUCCCCGCGUCGCUGGCCAAGAUCCCGCAGCUCUCCUUCCUGGACUUGUCCUUCAACAACCUCACUGGCCCCGUCCCGGUCUUCCCGACAAGGACGUUCAACAUCGUGGGCAACCCGAUGAUAUGCGGGAGCAGCAGCAACGCCGCCGGCGCGGGGGAGUGCGCCGCCGCGCAGGCGCCGGCCGCCGUGCCCUUCCCGCUGGAAUCCACUCCGGGCGGCGGCAGCAGCAGCAGGGCGGCGGCGGCGGGGAGGUCAAAGGCUGGCGCGCGGCUGCCGAUCGGCGUAGGGACAAGCCUGGGCGCCUCCUCCCUUGUGCUCUUCGCCGUGUCUUGCUUCCUCUGGCGGCGGAAGCGCCGGCACUCGGGGGGGCCCUCCUCCGUCCUCGGCAUCCUCGAGCGGGGCGGCGGCCGCGACCUGGAGGACGGCGGCGGGGUGGCGGUGGCGCGGCUGGGGAACGUGCGCCAGUUCGGGCUGCGCGAGCUGCAGGCCGCCACGGACGGGUUCGCGGCAAAGCACAUCCUGGGCAAGGGCGGGUUCGGGAACGUGUACCGCGGCCGGCUCCCCGACGGCACGACGGUGGCCGUGAAGCGGCUGAACGACCCCGCCAGCGCGUCCGGGGAGGCGCAGUUCCGCACGGAGGUGGAGAUGAUCAGCCUCGCCGUGCACCGCCACCUGCUCCGCCUCGUCGGCUUCUGCGCCGCCGGCGGGGAGCGCCUCCUCGUCUACCCCUACAUGCCCAACGGCAGCGUCGCGUCGCGCCUCCGAGGGAAGCCGGCGCUGGACUGGGCGGCGCGGAAGCGGAUCGCGGUGGGGGCGGCGCGGGGGCUGCUGUACCUGCACGAGCAGUGCGACCCCAAGAUCAUCCACCGGGACGUCAAGGCCGCCAACGUGCUGCUGGACGAGCGCCUCGAGGCCGUCGUCGGCGACUUCGGGCUCGCCAAGCUGCUGGACCACGGCGACUCGCACGUCACCACCGCGGUGCGGGGCACCGUGGGGCACAUCGCGCCCGAGUACCUCUCCACGGGCCAGUCGUCGGAGAAGACGGACGUCUUCGGCUUCGGGAUCCUGCUGCUCGAGCUCGUCACGGGACAGCGCGCGCUCGAGCUCGGCAAGGGCUCCGGCGCCGGGCACAACCACAAGGGCGGCGUCAUGCUCGACUGGGUGAGGAAGGUGCAUCAGGAGAAGAUGCUGGACCUGCUGGUGGACCAGGACCUGGGCCCGCACUACGACCGGAUCGAGGUGGCGGAGAUGGUGCACGUCGCGCUCCUCUGCACGCAGUUCCAGCCGUCGCACCGGCCCAAGAUGUCCGAGGUGGUCCGGAUGCUGGAGGGCGACGGCCUGGCCGAGAAGUGGGAGGCCACGAACCGGCCGGCCGCGCCGCCGUGCCACGACGCGCUCGGCUACGACAACCGCAACGACUCCAACGGCUCCGUCUUCUUCAACGACUUCCACGACAACGACAGCAGCCUCAGCAGCGACGAGGCGCGGUCCAUCGACAUGGUCGAGGAGAUGGAGCUGUCAGGGCCGAGGUAGCAGCUGCCGGGAAGAACCAGUUCAUCAUUCAUAGCAUCAAAGUUCAGACUAGGAUCAGAGUGCUUGGAAAAAAAAUUACAGGUAGAGAGUGACUGAGUGAGGGUUGGGUAAUAUUUGUUGCGAGCCAGUUUGGAAUUAAAGUUACCACUAGGUGCUUUAGAGCUUAGACCACAGUGUGUAGUUUCUGAUGGGAGCUGCCGUCCUUUUCCCUGGAAAAAAGAUGUAAAGAAAAAGGAUGGCUUCUCUUUUGCUUCUUUUCACAGGCCUCUUUUUCUUUUCCU